AUGAGUGUUGGAAUCGGUUCCGCCUUGUUUCGAAGCUUCAUGGAGCUGUUGACGCGACGCGAUGCAACCAUCCCCAUGUCCAUCCUGUCUGGCAACGAGCAAUUGGAUAUUUACAAGGCCCCUAUUGACAGAACUUCCUCGUUCAAGAUCCGGUAUAUACGUAUGCGCCAUUACUCGGUGACGCGUCGCCGAAUCCGACGGCGCAGGAUGAAAGCCCAUGAACGGUGCCGUACAAAGGGACGGUUGGAUAUCUUCGUUCAAGAUAUCUGCUGUGAGCUGCACAAUACUGUGUAUCCUAGGUUGGACAAGAGAAGGACUGCGCCCAUCGAGAAGGGCCUGGUUGAAGCUACAACUAGCAAUGCGAAGGCCAUUUGCUCGGUCUAA